AUUAUUAUUGGUGAUAUAAUUAGUUUAAUUGAACCAUCCCUGGCAAAUGCAGUGUCACUAAGUAAUGUUUAUCAAGUGACAUCAUCAGUUGUGAGGCAUUGCUCAAAACUCAUAUACAGCAAGACUGAUAGCAAGUGUCUACUGCCACUUCUGUUGAAUAAGCUAAUGAUUUCAUCAUCAUCAGGCCAGCCACCAGAAAUACCAGCACUUAUUCGAAAAUACUUAUGUCACUUCCUUCAUGGUUUGUUUGUGAUUAAUAAAGAUCAAUUUAUUGACAGAAAAAUAAAGCAAAUUUUCUCACAUUAUUUUCUGAGCUAUCUUCAAUCCGACCCAAACUCAUCCACUAAUCCAUUUGUAUUGUUAGUAUCUCCAGCUUUUUAUGAAACUCCCAAUAAAUAUGAUUGUGACGUGUUUCUGAGAGUCCUUGACAUCAUAUCAAAGCAGCAACUAAUGAUAGAUGAAUCAAUUCCUAAUGUCAACAAAGUUCUCAAUUUCCUCCAUAUGUUAUCGUCAAGAGUUAAGUACUACUAUUUAAUACUGGAAGCUACACCAAUUCUUCUUGGACCACUCCUCUCAUUAUUCUUAAGGAUGGGGCCACCCCCCUCCACUCAGAACUGUGUUGUGAUUAUUAAGAAAAUAUUUAGGAAAUUAUUUGAAGCUAACAAGAGUCAUGCUGAUGAAUUACCACAUUCUAAGUUAAUGCCAGUGAUACAAGAGUAUCUUGUCAGCAAUUUAUUAAAUAAUAAGGUAAAGUGAGUGUGACAUAGUGUUCACUAUUUAAAGAAACA